UACAAAAUAGAUCGGACUCUACUGGUAUGGAUAGGGGCUAUAUACAAAUAACUCCGUAUAGGGGUAGCGAAGCCCCUUAAAUACCCGGGGCUGCCGCUCUCUCCAAUGCUAUAUGCGCGCACACGCUAGGUAGAAUUUUACAUAUAGUUUCGUAUUGUACGUUACUUACCGAUGUUGGUAAGUUAUCCAUUGCCGCUCUCUUAUCUACAGGCAUAGCCGCCGUCUCAAAGUCAUGUGGUUGUUCUCUGUACUUUUUCGCUUUUUUCACUCAUAGACAACUUUUGAUUCUAACAAUCAUUUUCAACUCACAGCUCAAAUUGAAGCUUUUUUCUAGUAUUUUGAUCCUAGUAAUAAGGAUUUUCCAUGUGAAAAGGAACAAUGGCUAUUUUUAACAUGAAUUGAAUGGUUCAGAAGGUAUGCCGAGACCGUUUUUGCAGGAUCAUUAUAUUUUUCUAGUAUUUUUAAUGCACUGUUGAACAAGAAAUUUAAACGAUCUGGACGAGCUAAUUGAAUGUUUUUUCUAGAUUUUCUAAUAUACCCAAAAGAAUCUUCAAGUUCACUUGUAUUUAGAAUAAAACAUUUACCUAUAGGAUUGAUUUUCUUGUUCACUGACAUUCAUUGACAUGUUAUGUAAUUAGUAAUAUUCAUUUUCUGAUUACGCCUCCAAAUAUUGAUUACACGAUAUUGACCAGUGACUAGUUUUCGUUCAUUUCCCUCACGUUACUAUAGUAUAUUUUUCUAUUUUUGUACAUAAUUUGUUUUUUGCACCAGCGAUGGUGAUUGUCUGAGAGUCGUUGCCCAAUGCGUAAAGUUAUUUGAGUUUAUUAUGUUGAUCCUCAGUCAAGAAGAACUUGUUAAAAGCAUCAUUCAGAUUGGAAUACACAUGACAAUGUCUAAUUGUUAUAUAGAAGAGAUGCGCGCAGUAUGGUACUACUUAGCAAAUUUGCUUGCUGUUAUAGAAGCCUUUGAUGUUCUGUGCGUAGAGCCAUUGAUUUUGCAAAAAAACCAAAUAGGAAGCCAAACCGUAAAAAAUAUUUUUUUAGAUAUCAAAAAAUGGUCGCCCAGUAUAUGGAACGUCAUUGAUAUUUACAAUAAUCACGAUACGAAUACGUUGUUAACGUCUAAAGAUAUUAAAAUUGUUUCUUUUAUGUGGAGAAUUUUCGUUUAAGCCUGUUUGCCCAUGUUUGCCGUCUAUUUUAUCAUUAUUUACAAAAUUUAUCGAAAUCGAUCACAGUUCCUCUUCGAUCUUUCCUCAAGGAAUUUCCAGGCUAAGAAAUGCUUUUUUAUUUAUAUUUUGGCAAAAAUGCGGAAAACAAUACUUUCCAAUAAACUUUUGACUAUGACCAUCCUUGAA